CUCCAUGGAUUCUCGCAGCAAGCUGCCUGUUGAUGGUCUCCUCUUUCCUAGGCUCCUUGGCUCCGUGGCUCCUCCUCCCUCUCUGCUUGCGAGUCACUCCAGUUAGGCUAGCACCGAGUCGCAGAGGCCGAACCCCCGGUCAAACCCGGACUUCACCCCGGUCUGCAUGGCCGGAAUACGGCACCUGAUUCGCGGGCUUGGCAUACCACCUCAACCGGGGAAAUCAAAAGCUUGUCCCGUCGUAUCGAACGCUACUUGCAGGGGUCACUUGGGGGGAGCACAGAGAGCGGAGACUGGUGGAGUCCUGGGAGCACGCCCACCACCCGGCACACGACAUCUCGCCUCGUCAUUGCGUUCGUCUAUCCAAGAUGGCCCUGCUAGAGCCGAUGGGCGCGACGGGAGCGCUAUUGGACGGGCAGGUCGAGACAGUGAGAGAGGCGAAGAAAGAUAGAGACCUGACGGAACGAUAGGGCCGCGAGAGAGAGAAUCAAACACACUUCCCGCUUUCGGGUUGCACGACUAAGUCCGCGGUAUCUUGCAUACCAAAGAAAUGGGGCUCUGUAUUGCGUCGUCGUCACCUUCGAUAUGGAAUAUGGAUACCACAUACAUCAUUACAGCCCUUCAAGUUUCGGUCAACUUCAGUCCUGCAGAAGAAACCUGAGACGAAAAGGUCCCACGCAUGCGCUGCGUGCGCCAGAGAGAGGACCAGAGGAAGCCAAGUGUUCUGUGUCUUGGAUGGGAGAGCCUGUUAUCUCUAGUCACCAAUCCGGAUGAGGAAAUUCGAUAUGUCUUGCCGCCAAGCUUCCCGUGUAGACUGCCAAUGCAUGCAAC